UAAUUGCUACGGUGUCAAAUUUUUAAAGAGGAUUUUUUAAUUUAUAUUAUAAAACGGUAUGUACGUGUUGUACACAAUUGUGUCACUUUUAUUAAAAUCAUUCAUUUCAUAACAUUAAUUAUCACUGACAAGAAAUCAUGUCUAAAAUGAAAAACAUUCCAAAUAACUUAACCAAAUGGGAUCUGUCAGAAGAUUCUCUGGCACCUUUAACUGAUUAUCAAAAAGAAUGUUUAUUGAAUUUGGAGGAAGAAUUAUUUCCUGAUAAUAAAAUUAAGACUGAAAAAACAAGUGAUACAGUAUGCACAAAUGAAGAAACUACAAAAUCAGUACAAAUAGAACGAUAUCAAGAUUUACUAGAACAUUAUGCCAGAUUAGAAAAAAAAUGUGUGGACAGGAAAGAUAUGAAAUACAUAUUAUAUCUUAAUGAACUUGAAGCUCGACGGCAAGAAUGUCAUGAACUUUGUCUUCAGAUAGAAGAAGCAUUAGAAGACUUCACUAUGUUAUAUAAACAAUAUUCCGAAGUAUCUGAUAAAACAAUAUCUCUUUAUGAUGCUAGUGAACAGCUUGAUUCUGAUCAACGAAAAUUAAAUUCUAUCAUAGAAAAUAUUACAGAAUAUGUGAAAUAUUUUAAAGAUAUUGAUAUGAUGAUGGAAAAAUUAGAAGCACCUACGUUAUCAGUGAACAGUGAAAUGUUUUUUAAUAUAUUAGAUAAAAUUGAUACUAAUAUAGAUUUUGUUCAAAAUAAUCUUUCAUUUAAAGAAAGCAAUACUUACUUAAUUAAAUAUAAACAUUGCCAAUCUAAGGCAAUAUCAAUGAUGCAAAAUUAUAUUUUUAAUCUAUUUAGCAAAACAACAGAAAGCAUUUUAAAUUUAAAAGAUAAUGAUGAUUCCCAAGAUAAUGCAGAUGCAGCUUUAGCCCUUUUUUAUGGAAGAUUUCAAACUAUAUUGCCAAAAGCUAAGCCAGUUAUAGAACAAAUUGAAGCAAAAUCUUAUAAAAGACAAGAAUAUGACAGUUUAUUAUCAGAGUGCCAUCAAUGUUAUUGGAGUCAAAGAGGAUUAGUAUUAGGUAGUAGUGUUCAAAAAUCUUUAAUAUCUGUAAAGGAAAAAUAUAAUGGUGAUCAUUGUAGUUUGGUAAGGAAUUCAUGUGCAUUAUUAUUACAUGCAUCAAUGGAUGAAUAUAAAUUAUUUUAUGAAUUUUUUUCUAAAACAAGUAAUGGAUUAACAGCAUAUCUUGAAAGCUUAUGUACUUCUUUGUAUGAUACAUUGAGACCAUUCAUAAUUCACAUUAAUCAUUUAGAAACAUUAGCUGAAAUUUGUUGCAUUUUAAGAAUUGAAAUGUUGGAUGAACAUGUUCAAAAUAAUUUUGAACCUUUAGAAGGAUUUGGAAAUAUUUGUUUGCAGUUAUUACAUGAUGUACAAGAGAGACUUGUGUUCCGUGCACAUCUAUACUUGCAAUCUGAUGUUUUGAAUUAUAAUCCAUCACCAGGUGAUUUAGCUUAUCCAGAAAAGUUAAAAAUGAUGGAAGAUAUAGCAGAAUCAAUAAGAGAAGAAUCUAGACAAACAAAGAUGAAAAAGAUAUCUAUUUCAUCUAAUGAUGAUAAUAUUUUAGAACCAAUAUCCAGAAAUCAUAUAGAAAUGGAUUCUAUUUAUCAGAAAACACAUAUAGGUAAUUCACCUGCAGAUCUUCAUGGAAUGUGGUAUCCUACUGUUCGUAGAACAUUAGUAUGUUUAUCAAGAUUAUAUAGAUGUGUGGACAGAUCAGUUUUUCAAUCCUUGAGUCAGGAAGCAAUAUCUCUUUGUGUUCAAAGUAUAGAAAAUGCAAAGCAAGAAAUUGAAAAAAGGGCAUCAUCUUUAGAUGCAGAACUUUUCCAAAUAAAACAUUUGCUCAUUUUACGUGAACAAAUUGCACCUUUUCAAGUAGACUUUACGAUAAAGGAAUAUAGUUUGGAUUUUUCAAAAGUUAAAACAGCAGCAUUUGGUUUAUUAGAAAAAAGUUCAAGACUUUUUACAUUAUCAAAUAAUGCAUUAUUAGAAUUUUUAUUGGAAGGAGCACCUCAAAUGAAGGAACAACUAAUAGAUUCAAGAAAACAUGUAGAUAAUAAAUUGAAAUAUGCUUGCCAACGUCUUAUACAACAUGCUACAUUUUUAUUAAUACAUCCAAUUUUAAAACUAUUAGACAAGGAAAAAUUACAUGCUAAUAAUCCAGAUGCAUCUCAAGAACAUGCUCUUGGAAAUCCUCAAGAUGUUGCAGCAGCAAUAUGUGAAGCAUUGAGGAUAAUUAAAUUUAAAUGUCCUGAAAUUCAACAAUUAAUGCAAUUAUAUCUCUCUAAUAAGGAGACAGAAUUUAUUUUAUUUAGGCCAGUAAAAAAUAAUGUUUGUGCUGCAUUUACUCAAUUAUAUCAGAUAUUGAGUAAAUAUUAUAAUUCAGAGGAACUUCUUCUAAUUGCAUGUCCAUUACCAGAACAAAUUUCUGUUAUAUUGAGCUCAUCCAGUCUUAUUCAUGGAAAAAGCACACAAAAUAAUGUAAAAAAAACGUAGCAAAAAUAAAUUAGUCAGCUUUUGUAAUUAUACAUUAACAUCAUUUGCAAUCUAUAAUCAAAUUAUUAUUUUUUUCUUUUAUGUUUUUC